AUGCCUCCACGAAGAGUAGUUAGAGAUCGUCCAUCGAGGAAGAAUAUUGAACCUCAGGAUCAAGGGAAACCAAUGAACCUGAAGUGCAACCCAAUGAAAAUGUCACUAAUGCCGAGUUUAGAGAGGAUGAAUCCUUCAAGUUUCGUAGGUUUGAGCACUGAAAAGGAUAUAGAGAAUUUUAUUGAGGUAUUGAAGAAGUGGAAUGAGGGUAGAGAUGUGGAUGCACCACCUGCGAGUUGGACUUGUUUUGAGGAAGCCUUCUUGGGGGCUUUCUUUCCCCGAAAAUUGAAAGAGGCCAAGAUGGUUAAGGACAUGAAGAGUAGAAUAAGCUUGUUUGUUGCUGGGUUGGGACAUCUAUCAAGCGAAGAGGGCCGGUCAACGAUGUUGAUAGGUGACAUGGACAUAUCAAGGUUGAUGGUUUAUGUGCAGCAGGUUGAGGAGGAAAAACUAAGAGUCAGAGAAGAGUUCAAAAAUAAGAAAGCGAAGACAACAAAUGAGUCUGGGCAGCAGAAAGGUAGCGUAGAUCAUUCGUCAUUUUAG